AUGAGACGGCGUUACGAGGACGAUGGCAUCUCCGAUGAUGAAAUCGAAGGGAAAAGGACAUUUGACCUGGAGGAAAAGCUGUCCACCAACAAGUUUAAUUCCACCUUCGUGGUCUUCAUGGAAGGCAAAGACUUCACAGUUGAAUACAUCCAGCGGGGCGGCCUGAGAGACCCCCUCAUCUUCAGGAGCUCCGACGGCCUGGGGAUAAAGAUGCCAGAUCCGGACUUCAGCGUGAAUGAUGUGCGACUGUGUGUCGGGAGCCGACGGAUGGUGGAUGUCAUGGAUGUGAACACGCAGAGGGAUAUCGAAAUGUCCAUGGCACAGUGGGCACGCUACUACGAAACGCCGGAGGCUGAGCGGGAGAAACUUUACAAUGUCAUCAGCCUGGAGUUCAGCCACACCAAACUGGAGAACCUGGUGCAGAGACCUGCUACGGUGGAUUUGAUUGACUGGGUUGAUAACAUGUGGCCCAGACACCUGAAGGAGAGUCAGACAGAGUCUACGAAUGCUAUCCUGGAGAUGCAGUAUCCAAAGGUGCAGAAAUACUGUCUGAUGAGUGUCAAGGGCUGCUACACAGACUUCCACGUGGACUUCGGUGGUACAUCUGUGUGGUACCACAUCCACCGAGGGGGAAAGAUCUUCUGGCUGAUCCCUCCUACACCCCAGAACCUGGAGCUCUAUGAAAACUGGCUUCUCUCAGGGAAGCAGGGAGACAUUUUCCUUGGGGACAGAGUGUCAGAGUGCCAGCGCAUCGAGCUCAAGCAGGGCUACACAUUUGUCAUCCCCUCAGGUUGGAUCCAUGCUGUGUACACUCCCAUGGACACACUGGUUUUCGGAGGCAACUUCUUACACAGCUUCAACAUCCCUAUGCAGCUCCGGAUCUACAGCAUCGAAGACCGCACGCGGGUCCCAAACAAGUUUCGUUAUCCCUUCUAUUACGAGAUGUGUUGGUAUGUGCUGGAGCGCUACGUCUACUGCAUCACCAGCCGCUCGCAUCUAACCAAGGACUUCCAGAAGGAAUCGCUCAGCAUGGAUAUGGAGCUGAGCUCCUCAGACUCGGUAAACAUGGAAGAGGAGGAGGAGGAGGAAGAAGACGAGGACGCAGCAGGGAAGGAACCCAGGCGACCGGUCACAAGGCGGUCCAUUCUCACCAGCCCCAUAGCCAACGGUGCCAAUGUGGACUAUGAUGAACUGGGCAGGAGCUGCCGGAGCAGCCUGCCGGGUCUGAAGAAGACCCCAUCUAUAGACUCUUCUGACUCCAGCCGGGGCUCCCAAAACGGCCAGGCCUGGGACCCGAACGGUGGCAGCCCGCAGAAGAGCAGGAAGGUGCACCUCACGCAGUUUGAGCUGGAGGGGCUGCGCUGCCUCGUGGACAAACUGGAGUCGCUCCCUCUGCACAAGAAGUGCGUUCCCACCGGCAUCGAGGACGAGGACGCCCUCAUCGCUGACGUCAAG